UGUGUUUAAAUUAAUAUUGAGUUUAUCGUAAAAUGUCACAUAUCUGCAUAAGAUCAGUUCCAAUUGUCUGCAGUCAUUUAUCAACGACCGAUUAUAGUGAUGAUUUGUAGAAUGAGAAGGGAUUUUGUCUCGAUAUUUGAUAUAGAAUGGUAAUCACGCCAUAUGCCUGCAUGAUAGAUGAAAUUCUCAUGCUAUAUUUGGUACUCAAAUGAUAAAGAACAUAACAGUUCUCCAUGUACAUGUGUUCCUCCUUUGAGGAAUAAUGUAGUGAUGAAUAUUAGAAAGUAAUUCACUAAAUGAAGAUUCACAACACUUAUUUCAACCGAAUUGUUGGUUAGACCAGUAAUUAAUAUAGUUUAGGUAGUCACCAUUCGGUAUCUUGUAACAAAUCAUUAGAAAUUUUCCCGAACCUUAUCAAUCUAACUACAGGAAUAUACAUACCCUAAUAGUCUUAAUUUCGAACUUUCUUUGUAGAACAUGGUUGAGAAUACUGAGGAUUUGAAGAGAUCACUAACGGAUUCGGUUAAUGAUUUAGGGUACAUUUUGUCUGAUCGUUUACGACAUGUAGAUGGCGAUUUCGAUUUUGAUAUGUCUGUUACUGCAACAUAUGACCUCGACACUCGACUCAUGCUGAUGCUUGACAAGAGUAUGAUGCCUGAGUCUAAUCUAGAAGAUUCCAUACCUGUUAAGAAUGCCUGGGUGAAGUUUGCCGCAACGGCCUCCGCAUACGUCUACAAAAAUGUUGGUGAAUCGGUUUCCAAACCUCUUCGAAAAUGGCUGGCGAAUGCUGCCAGUGCUGCGAUUCUCGCUGGACUACUUGCAGAAGUGCCUGAGUCAUGCGAUUCAGAUGAACGAACUACUUCUGAUGGAGAGACAUCUGUCGAAAAUAUCUUCACACCUGACAGAGUAGUGGAGAAUCGUCAAGACGGUGCCUGGUACUAUGGCCGUUGGACCGUUGACAAUUUGCCAACAGUUAUGAAAUGA